AUGAUUAGUGGUAGAAUAAUAAAAAAAGAAGAAGCUACCUAAAAAAUUAUUUAUUAAAGAGUAAGUCAAAAAUUAUUAAGCUAAAAACUUGACUAAUAGCCAAAUUAAAAUGUUAUUGCAUUUAAAAAUAGUUAGUUUAAAGAAAACGACUCUAAUUUAGCUACAGCGAGCAAUUUAGUAUCAACAAAAUCUGCUAUUAAUCAAGAUUCCCUCAAACAGAGUAAUGUCUAAUCUUUAAAUAAUAAAAAUGGGAAAAACUAACAACAAUAAAAUGAAAGAAGAGUGACUUUAUAACUGAUCAAUAAUGGAAAAUAAUUUAAUAGAAAGAGCUAAUCGAUUUAAAUGAUUAAUAAAUAGUCUAAUAAAUUAGAUUCUUAACAAAAAAAUGUCAAUUAAAAGAAUGAUUUGAAUUAAGAAGAACAUAUACUAAACGAAAUUGAUGAAAAAGAAAAGAGCCUUUGGAAAUAAAUGAUAAAUGAAACAAUUAUGUCUUAACUAAAUUAGAUUUAACAAAACAAUAUUCUUAAUAUGAAUUUUAUUGAUAUUAAUGAAAGCUUUGCAUAAGGAGGUAUGGUUUUAUAAGAAAAUUUAAAUGCUUACAAAGAUUUAAUAAAUUAUCUUUAAUUAUCUCUACCUAAAAGAAGUAUUUCAGAAAUUACUAUGUUGGAUAUGCAAUACAGCUAUUUGAAUAUGAAAUCUCUUAGAUAUUUAGAAUCUUAUUUAAGUAGAUAAAAUUAUUUAAUUAAAAUUGAAUUUAGUUUUAAAUGGUGUAAAAUAAACCCAAAAAAGAUAGACAUUAUAGCUUGUUCUUUACUAUAUAGGUAAAGACUUUGCAUUUUGAAAUUAGAUUUAAGUUGCAAUGAGAUGGGUUCAAAAGGAUUUUCUCUUUUAUUUGAAAGAUUGUGUGAAUAUCCUCAUCUGCUGCACUUUGAAGGCGAUUUUACCAUGAAUGACAUUAAAGGGGAAGGAUUGUCUUUAUCUGCAAAAUAUUUUAAAAGAAUGAAAAACUUGGAAGUUUUAAGCUUAAAUUUAAAAUUGAAUGAAAUAGAUGACAAAGGUUUUACUAAUUUCUCGAAUGCAUUAAGAAACAUGAUUUAACUAAAGUAUUUAGAUCUUCAAUUAUAGACCAAUUAAAUCUCUAGUCAAGGUGUUACGACUCUUACUCAGUCUCUUUGUUCUCUAUAAGGAUUACUUUUUUUAGCCUUAAACUUGUACGAUAACAAAAUACCUAAAGAAAAAUUUGAAUAUUUUGCCAAAAGAGAGAUUUUGCAAGAAAUUAUUGAAUUCUAAAUUUUUUAAUGA